CAAAGUAUGUCCACAUAAAUAGUCGUUUUCUGUCACUUGUUGCCACUUCUUAGUGUUUUCUCGCUACUGAGGUCCGUUUUGUAGUAAGCAACUAACAGAUAUUACUUCUUAGGAGCAAAAAAACACUGAAUAUUGCUUUUAUAUCUCGUAAUCAAGGAACUUCUGUUGCAAGGAAAGCCAGGCGGGCGCUUUCGGCACAUCAAAGAUGGCUGCCACUGAGGAGUUGUUUUGUAAGCCAGUCUUCGUCUGCAUGAAGAGUGCCGAUCGGGAGGACAGGAGAGCUCAUGUGAGAGUCACAGUGGAGCUCAGCACAGUUACAAACCCUGUGCACAAGAAGGAGUUGGUGGUGAGACUGACAGAUGACAGUGACCUGUUUUUCCUCUUUAAUCUGGCUCUGGGGGAGGAAGACUUCCAGAUGCUGAAGUCACAGCAAGGCCUUCUGGUAGAUUUUGGAGCCUUCCCUCAGAAGUUCAUUGACCUGUUAGAGCUCUGUCUUCAGGAAGAACAAAAGGAGAAUCCAAAGUUUCUUCUCCAGUUUGUGUCAGGUAACAGUGCAGACAGAGGCUGUGCACACCUGAACAUCGUGGAGACAAACCCCUUCAAACACCUGACUCACCUGGCUCUCAGAUUCGCACCUGGCAACGACACAGAUGUCAAGAAAUACCUGGCCAUGUGCCUGAAAAACCUUAAGGAAGAGAGGUCUGCGCUACAACACAAGCUAGAAUCCACAGAGGCAGAACUGUCCCAGAGACUUCGGAACACCCAAGAUGCUCUGUCGUCCAAGUCUGUAGAGCUUGACAAGUUGAAAUCAGAGCUCCAGACCACCACCAGCAGUCUCACCAACAAACACGUGCAGGAGGUCACCUCAGAGCGAGAGAAGGCACUCAAGGUUCAGACUGACCUUCAGCAGCAGAUAGAACACACCAGGAGGGAGCUGGAGCAGACACACAGACAGGCCAGCAGGCAGAUGGAGACCAGACUCGCUGAGCUGGAGACUGUCAAUAAGGACCUGACAGACCGCAGGUACAGGGCUGAGUCUACCAUCAGAGACUUGAAGGCAAAACUGGCAGGCCUGGAGGAGGAGAGUCACCGAGCGAAGCAGGAUGUCCAGAGUCUGCGGCGAGAGAAUGGUUCCCUGGAUGCAGAGUGCCAUGACAAGGACAAGCGCCUGUCCCAGCUGAAGACCCGCGUGGCUGUGUUAGAACAGGAGGUGAAGGAUAAGGGGGAGGUGGGGGAGAGAACCAACCAGCUCAUGGAGACAGCUCACGAACAGAAGAGGAGGUUAGAGGAGAGUCUGGAGCAGAAACAGGUGCAGAUUGCAAAGAUGGAGACAACCAUAAAAUCUAUGUCUGAGGAAAUCCUCAAGGGUAACGAGAUCAUCAAGCGACUGCAGGGGGACCUGAAAGGCUAUAUGUCUAAGAUGAAGUUGAAGAACACUGUCACAACCAAGCAGGAGAAAGUUCUAACUGAAAAGGAGAGGGAGUUAGAGAGGGCCAGUCAGGAACUUAAGACUGCCAGAGAACAGCUCAAACAGAGGGAAGAAGAGAACCAGAAGUUGAAUGAAACACUGGAAAAUACAAUGGGGAAACUGGAAGAAAGCAAACAACUCCUGAAAACAAAUGAGAAUGUGAUCCAGUGGCUGAACAAGCAGGUGACAGAGUCCCAGCUCCAGGCACAAAACAGACACGGCACCUUUGAGAUGCCAUCAGCCAUCUCCUCUGCCAACUCCUUCAAACCUCCCAUGGGUCUGCACAACUACAGUACACCAGUGUCCACUGUGUCCACCCUGUCUGCUGACAGCACUGGUCAGCCCAUGGCCUUCCGCCCUCCUCUUGUACCCAUCAACCACCAGGCACAGAUCCAGUACAACCCCCAUGGUGCGGCCAGGAGAAAUGUAACUCCCACUGAGCGGAUGCGGAAGUCUGUGUCCCCCACCAUCCCCCCCAUCCCUGAGGAGAUCACCCCCAGCCCCGGGGCCAGGUCUGCCAGCCCUGCAGCUUCUCAAGGUGCUCCAGCCUUGGAUCCAAAGUACCUCCAGAGGCGAGAAGACUCCAUCCCGGUACGAGGACUGUCCAGAAACUCCCCUCCUCCCAACCUCCAGGAAACUGCAGCACUCAACACCCAUCCUAAGGAAAAUGUGCCUCAGAUGUCAAAAUAUAACGGACAGAACAUGGGCCCGCAAAAGGCACAGGUUACCAUGGCAACACAGAACAUUCGUUUGAGUAAGGCAUCGAUAGUACCACAGGCACCUCUCAGGCCCAAGAUGCCAGCCCAACCACCACUCAUGUCUGCAUACUUCCCUGGAAAAGUCACAUCCUGAUAUCUGCAUAUGUCUGAUGUUGUGUAUUGACUAUAAUGAUAUACAUGUAAUAGAAAGAGUGCCAUUAAAGGCUUUUUAUUUCAUGCAAAUACUUCGUCAGAGCAAUGGUUAACUAACUAGCUAUCAUUUCCAAUCUACAAUGUUAGAAAAUUUAAUUCAAAGUUUUAUGCUGAAUAGUCAGCACAUGUUUAGAAAACUGAGUGUCAAUUGAAUGAAUAUGAUCUUAUGUACCUAUACAUUUUAAAUGACAAUAAAGUGAUUUCUCAC